AUGCGCCGCUGCUUGCCUUAGCCCGCCAGGAUCUCGACGCAGUCCCCCGAAGUGGGGCUCCGUCUCAUUGAGACCAGGGUCGCGGCAGUGCGUGUCUAUCUCGACGUGGAGUGUUUCCUUUACGUUAGGAGCACCCUGUUCAUCCGCAGUAGUAUGCAUUAAGGGCUCUACCCUGAGUCAGGAGAUACGUCUGGGUUUUGUUUUUAAAUUACAUAUACCAAGACAAUUGUAUGUCGCUUACAUCUGGAACGAUUGGAGUGAAUCAAGCAGUGCAGACAUAAUUUGUCUCUAGAAAGACUGCCCUACUGCUUGAAAUGCUUUUUAUUUAGAAUAGUAGCAAAAAUGGAAAAAGAAAAAGUAAGGGAUGAUGAAAAACCAGACCCAGAAAACUCUUUGGACUUUUCUGAACAGUUUAAUCAGCUUGAAUUGUUGGAGACCGAUGGACACCUGAUUCCCACUGGUACUCAGAGUCUCUGGGUAGGCGAUUCUGAUGAAGAUGAGGACCAAGAGGAAAAACACGAAGAGUGGUAUCAAUUGCAAGAGAAAAAAAUGGAAAAAGACCCAAGCAAAUUGCUUCUUUGGGCUGCUGAAAAAAAUCGGCUUGCUACCGUGCAGAGGCUACUUUCUGAGAAGGCCACUGACGUGAACACUAGGGACGAGGACGAGUAUACACCUCUUCACCGAGCAGCCUACAGUGGCCACUUAGACGUUGUUCGCGAGCUGGUGGCUCAGGGGGCAGAUGUUCAUGCAGUGACUGUGGAUGGCUGGACACCACUACACAGUGCUUGCAAGUGGAACAACACCAGGGUGGCCUCUUUCUUACUGCAGCACGACGCAGACAUCAAUGCCCAAACCAAAGGCCUCUUGACCCCUUUGCACCUUGCUGCUGGGAACAGAGACAGCAGGGACACCCUGGAACUCCUCCUGAUGAAUCGCUACAUCAAGCCAGGCCUGAAGAACAACUCACAGGAAACUGCUUCCGAUAUCGCCAGGAGGACAAGCAUCUAUCACUACCUCUUUGAAAUCGCGGAAGGCUGUACAAACUCUUCACCUCCGUCUUAAUGGCUUUAGUAAUUCUCUCAAGCUUCAAAGUACCAAUGCCUCCUAUGGAUGAGAUGUAAAAUAGCCCCCUAUACAGAGCAGAUGUCUCAUACAGAACUAUUGUUGUAUGAAUCACAGUUUUCUUCCAAGUGACCUGUUCACCCUUGAUGUCAAAUGUAUUUGAGAGGUGUUUGAAUGCAUCUGUGGUGAAUGCUGCAGAGCUUGUGAGUUUUCUUAGAAGUAAUUUUAACUGGACAUGGGUAAUACAGAAGCUAAGGGUAUUUUUUUUUUUUUGGUGCUGAUCCAAGAGAAAACUAUUUUUAAAUAUCCCAUACUCUGGGUCUUUGUUCAGUGUUUAGUGUAUUGAUGUAUAUUUUUAUAAGCUAACUCCAAAUUUUCAUCUUUAACAUACUGGUGCAGUUGGGCUAUCUUCUCUGUAUCUCCAGUGUCUUUCAUUCUAAACAAGAAACACUAACAAAUUAGUGGCGUACAUCUUUGUAAGUUUAAAACAAAUAGGGAACGUUUGAAUGUUUUGUAAGAUAUAGGCCAUUCUCGGAAAGCAGUUAGGGAGAUGUUAAUCCUUGAAUGUUUUACACUGCCUCCCCCACCAUGUUCCUCAUAAUCCUGUGGACAGUCCUACCUCACCCUGUGAACCCAUGUGAACCUUAUUGUUAUGGCCAGUCAGUGUCUCCACUUAGACAUGCACAAAACUGUACCUUGGUCCAAGAGAUUAAAACUGCCUCCAAAGGGUUCACCUGUCGCUCUCCCUGUUGGAUUGGCACUACUUACCUAGACUCAUGAGUUCCGGGAAGUGUCCACCACCACCCCACAGCCCUCAUUUUGUACAAGCCAUGGCAAAGGCAAAGGGACGAGGAAUUGUAACAGUGAGGAAUGAUUAUCCUAUGGACCAGAACAACAAGGGGCUCGGGCUUUCUUACAAAACAGCAGCCAGAGUGUGGGUUGUGACACACAAUGUAAAUAGAAAUAGAGUUUGACAGUGCAGAAGUCAUGAGUUCUUUUCUAACUUGCAUAUAACUUCACUGCAUCUGUGACACAUUUUGUUCAAACUACAUUAACUUUUCUCCUCCUGGUGCCUGCAACACAGUUGUGAUGGACUCCCUAGCCCCUCUAGUCCCGAAGGGUCUCCCCAACAUGAGCGCUUGAGCCCUAGGAAAGGCCACUGGGGCUCACCUCAUUGUCAACUUAGACUCGCCUGGGAGAUAUGCCUGCAGCAUGUCUGGAAGGGAGUUUCUAGAAAAGUUUAACUGAAGACAGAAUCCAUAUUCAGAUGUGGGUGGCAUCAUCGCAUGGGCUCAAGUCCCAGGGUAAAUAAAAAGGAGAAAGCAAGCUAA